AUGCUUGGAGUUUCACCGCGACGACGGCUCUGGAAACUGCCACCAAUUCUGCCACCAAUUCUGCCACCGGUGCCGAUCCCCAAACUGCCACCGGUGAACUUGCCUCCAAUACCCAAACUACCACCGGUGAACUUGCCUCCAAUACCCAAACUGCCACCGGUGAACUUGCCUCCAAUACCCAAACUUCCUCCACUCCCGGAUCUGCCGAUACCGCACGUACCUAAACUGUCGUUCGGGCUCCCGUUCCUGAACCUCCAUUUCAUCGGCACCGUGUUAGUCUCCAUCGUCGUCCUUUUCCUUCCCGCGAUCCUCGCAGGGGUCGCGUGUUGCUGCUGCACCAGCUGGAGGAGGAAGAAGAUGGCCGCCCAACGUGAGGCUGUGGACGUAGAGGACCGUGUGCAUGUCCACAAGACUGUCGUUCCCGGAUCCCAUAGUCAACAACCAGCGGCCCCAUCAGUCCAUGAGGUGAUCGAGAAGGGUGCGGGGAUCAAUGAAGCCUCUCGCAGUGAGCCUUACACGAGCGAGAAGGGAAUGUCCGAGCAACGAACUGUAGCACCUUCUUGA